AUGUCAAUAACAACUGGAACAGUUGUUGUGUGUGUAAUUGUCAUUAAUUUAGACGCCAAAGGUGAGAAGCUAUCACGUGCACCAAAAUGGUUGCGUCGUAUCACACAGUUUAGUUUAUUUCAAUUAUUCUACAAGGAAAAUUGUUGUGAUGUGAAUGAAUCAGCAGCUGUUUCAUCGUUAAUAGAAAACUUUUCAACCUUCAAUUCGGUUCAAGAAAAAAAAUUAUUAGAAAUUGAUUCACAAAUCAAACUACUUACAAAAUUAAAUGAUUUACUUGUUAUAAAUAAAAGCUUCAACAAAAAAAUUAGAUCUAUCUAUCAUAAUUAUUUAAAGAAAUCAUAUUUAAAAGAUGAAUGUUCAUUGAAUGGAACUUCUUUCAGUCCUAUCUAUUAUCAUAAUAUCAUUGUAAAUGAAUCUAAUCACCAUGGAACUUUAAUAGAUUUAUCAAUACCAUUAAAAGUAAAACCAUUAUCAACUAUUCAAAGUAUAACAUUGAAUAGAACCAAUAUAAAUUCUCGAAUUCAUAAGGCGUAUAAAGUUUAUUCUUCUAUGGAACAGGAUUGUUUAUUGAAAAAUGACUUAUCAUCAUUAUCAUCGUCAUCAAUACUAAAUCUUACUACUUGUAAUGUUCAUAGUAAUAAUAACCAUUCCCAAAGUGUAUAUCAAUUGAAUUUGAAAAGUCAAGAAGAUGUUAGAAAUGAAUUAAUUAAAUAUGAAUGGAAGGAAUAA